AUGUACUUAACGAUCAACCUCAAGACUGAUCCAGGCUAUUUUUUCACUCUCUCCAAGCUGGACGCGUUCGAGCGAUUCCGUCUAGAAACCUCAUUCGUACGCGUACUAUCCAUCCUUAUCCUGGCUCCGGUGCUAUGGCUAAGCAUAAAUCUGCUACUGGAGUGCAUCCCUUUAAAUGACCCGUCCACUGGGUUUUGGAGGUCGGGCUUCUUCCAGUUGCGCAUGGGAUUGGUCUCGGUCUGCAGUAGUAUCGCCCCAGUGCUGCUCAAGUUGAACUGCGUCCCCGAUUUCCCCAUGAUUUCAAUGCGAGCGAUUGCAGUGUACACGCUCUUCCAGACUGUGAUCUGUUUGGGCACCAAUGUCGUCAUUUCGCUCGCCUUUGGAGCAUUUCCCGUCCCUUUCAGCCAGUUCACAGUCAUUCUCCCCAUGGCCAUCAGCGGCCGCUUCAUCUUCUUCCACCUCUGA